UUUAGUAUGGAAGCCUUCUGUUUAGCUGAGUUGCCACGGGCACUUAAAAACAAUGCUAUGUAGAUACUCUCUAUUACAUAUUUCGGUCUGGAUGUAUAGAUACUACUGGCCCAAAGGCUCUCCCCUAAGCUAGUGCCAGCGUCCCCGAGCCCGGACAUGCAUGAAAUAAACAAAAAAAAUCACUGCCCAUUUUGCAAACACACGUCCCGCCAAGCGGCCACCUCCUGUUUAUCCUCGGACCGGACGGCGUCUCCUGGAAACCUGCAGAAUACCAGCGAGCCCAGGAAGAAUCACUCUGCAUAUAUAAUGGCCGGUCGGCACGCCAUGUUUCGAAGAGCCCAGCUCAUCGCCAGACAUUUCCAUCAAGGCACCCCACACAAAAUGGCUGCUUCCGACAAGUCUUUGCUCAUGAACCACACGUGCCUCCGGGUCAAAGACCCCAAGGUCAGCGUGCCCUUUUACGAGAAGCACUUUGGAAUGACGCUCAUCAACCACUUCAUCAUGGACGGCUUCACGUUGUACAUGAUGGGCUACAAAAGCGCCACGCCCAAAAACUGGUCCGCCCGGCCCGGCGUGUUGGAGUUGUGCCACAACCACGGCGCCGAAAACGACGCCACCUACAAAUUGAACAACGGCAAUGGCGACAAAUUUAGAGGCUUCGGCCACACCUGUAUCACCGUGGACAACAUCGAGGCCUGCGAGAAGCAAUUGCUUGCCGACGGCGUGCAGUUCAAGAAGAAGUUGAGCGACGGGAGACAGCAGAACAUUGCUUUUGUCUUGGACCCCGAUGGAUACUGGAUCGAGUUGGUGGAACAUAAAAACAACCACCAGGCCGGGGCCACCGACAAGGCCACGUACCGCUUCAACCACACCAUGGUCCGUGUCAAGGACCCCGAAAAAUCCUUGCACUUCUACCGCGAGGUGUUGGGCAUGAAGUUGUUCUCGAGAAAGGACUUCGAAUCCGCCCAGUUCUCGUUGUACUUUUUGGGCUACGACCACGACCCCUCGUUCAAGGAGGGCGAGCUUGGGUACCUCGACCAGUUGGGCCGCGAGGGUGUGGUUGAACUCACGCACAACUGGGGCACCGAAAACGACGAUGCUUUCGAGGGCUACCACAACGGCAACUCCACCGAAAACGGCGCGCUCCAAGGCUACGGGCACAUCUGCGUGUCGAGUGCCACACCCGGCCAAUUCUGCAAGGACAUCGAGAACAAAUUCGGCGACUCGCUCAACUGGUCCGUCAAGUGGAACCAGGGCAAGAUGAAGGACUUGGCCUUCAUCCGCGAUCCCGAUGGAUACUCCAUUGAGAUCAUCGGCCACGACAUCUUCCAUGACUGGGUCGACGGCAGACCUCCCCAGUAGACGCGCUGCUUUCUGUGCCGUAUUUUCGCUGGAUAGGAAGUAAAUUUGCACCUUGAAAGAUAUUAACGCGACUAAUAGAUUGGACCUGCGCCUCCAGACUGGUGGAGACUACUGUGCAUUGGCCCUUGCUGCGUCUUCUGCCGAUUUUCUCUGUUAGCCUUGGCUCAUUUUAGUACUCUAGCGUUUUUGUUAUAUAGAAAUACUUCCAAAAGCCUUGGAGAAGACUUGCGCAACUUUGGUGCCGACAACACUGGGCCACUACGCACCAUAUUACUGUGGCGCGUGGAUUCCCAAGCCACUCCCCGGUGUUUAUUUAUUUCCUUAAUUC